AUGAGCGCCCCCGCGACGCUGCCCCCCGGGGGCGAAGAAGGGCUCGAGACCACCUGGCCCCCGGCGGCUAACGCUAGUCGCGUCCCGGCAGAGGAGGAGGAGGAUACUCGGUCCGACGGCACCGGGACGGCUGGCAUGGUCACCAUCCAGAGCAUCUACGCGCUAGUGUGCUUGGUGGGUCUGGUGGGCAACGCCUUGGUUAUCUUCGUGAUCCUUCGCUACGCCAAAAUGAAGACGGCCACCAACAUCUACCUGCUCAACCUUGCCAUCGCCGAUGAGCUCUUCAUGCUGAGCGUGCCUUUUGUGGCCUCAUCAGCCGCCCUGCGCCACUGGCCCUUCGGGUCGGUGUUGUGCCGCGCGGUGCUCAGUGUGGACGGCCUCAACAUGUUUACUAGUGUUUUCUGUCUGACCGUGCUCAGUGUGGACCGUUACGUCGCGGUGGUGCACCCUUUGCGAGCCGCCACCUAUCGGCGUCCCAGCGUGGCCAAGCUGAUUAACUUGGGCGUGUGGUUAGCGUCCUUGCUGGUCACCCUGCCCAUCGCGGUCUUCGCAGACACCAGGCCGGCUCGGGGCGGCCAGGCAGUGGCUUGCAACCUGCACUGGCCUCACCCGGCCUGGUCGGCAGUCUUCGUGGUCUACACCUUUUUGCUGGGCUUCCUGCUACCGGUUCUGGCCAUUGGCCUGUGCUAUCUGCUCAUUGUGGGCAAAAUGAGAGCUGUGGCACUGAGGGCUGGCUGGCAGCAGCGGAGGCGCUCGGAAAAGAAGAUCACUAGACUAGUGCUGAUGGUAGUGGCAGUCUUUGUGCUCUGCUGGAUGCCUUUCUAUGUGGUACAGCUCCUGAACCUGUUUGUCACCAGCCUUGAUUCCACUGUCAACCAUGUGUCCCUCAUCCUCAGCUAUGCCAACAGCUGUGCCAACCCCAUUCUCUAUGGCUUCCUCUCUGACAACUUCCGUCGCUCCUUCCAGAGGGUUCUCUGCCUGCGCUGCUGCCUCCUGGAUGCUGCUGGGGGCGCUGAGGAAGAGCCCCUGGACUACUAUGCCACUGCUCUCAAGAGCAGAGGUGCGGCAGGAUGCAUAUGCCCCCCACUCCCCUGCCAGCAGGAGCCUGUUCAAGCAGAACCCAGCCGCAAGCAUGCCGCCCUCACUGGGACCACCACUUUCUGA